AAGCGGGAGGAGGUCGAUCCAUACUGCUGCGAUGAGCAAUGCGCCGAUGCUUGGCUCUACACGUCUGCUGGCCGAUAUCAGCUGGGUCUUGCCGGGCGUUUCGUCAGGUUCAGCUGUCAUGUUGUCGAUCUGGCUUGGCUUACGUAAGGGACUGCCUGGCACCCGGGCAUGCUGCAUGUGGUUGAACGAUAAUCACGACUGUGAGAUGGACUGGAGGGCGACCGCCAUGGAAGGCUGUCAGCAUCACGGUCUACCCUACCGGACAUUUGAGAUCUCCACGGGCUUUGGCCGAAUCCGCCGGCGUACAGCCCUCGGGCACAGCUUAACCGUGUCGCUUAUUCGCAAAGCACAUCGAAUCGCAGGACAGGUACGUGGCACGACGACUCCAAGGCACAGCCGAGCUCGCCUUCCUCCGAGUUUGGCGAGAUGGUAUGUGGACGACGAGGUGCAGUUGUAACUUGACUCGACAGCAUGUGGAGAUUUGCCCGGACGUGAUUGGCUUAUAGCCGUUCCCGCCACGUCACGUGCUAGCGCCCCGCAGAUGCUUAUGGGUCGCAGCUUCCCCAUCCGUGUCGCCAGCUUCG